AUUUCGAUUUGAUUUAGACGAGAAAAGUACGCCUACAUUGGGUUAGGUCGAAUUCGUCAGACAAGAGAAGAUGUGUCUUUAAGUAUUAAGACUUUUUUUUUUUGAUUUUUCGGAAUGUCUCUUUUUGACCUUUGUCCUAGAAGAAUGAAUCGAAUUAAUUUUUUUGUUAUUUUUUUACCACAUCUUGUUUUCUUGGUCAGUCUGUUGGUUCUCUGUUGUUCAUCAUGCCCGGAAUCAAUUUUAUAGGUGAGCGCGUAUCUGGACAGGACAUACGUACUCAGAACGUGACGGCGUGUAUUGCGCUUGCGAACAUUUUGAAGUCAUCUCUAGGCCCGGAGGGGUUAGACAAGAUGUUGGUGGAUCAGAUUGGAGAUGUCACGGUUACGAACGAUGGCGCUACAAUAUUGAAGGGACUUGAAGUGGAGCACCCUGCUGCUCGCGUAUUGGUGGAGUUGGCGCAAUUGCAGGAUGAGGAGGUCGGGGACGGGACGACGUCGGUGGUUAUAUUGGCGACUGAGCUGUUGAGGCGAGGCGACCAGUUGAUCAAGAAGGGGACGCACACAACGAAUGUGGUGAGUGGCUUCUGUGUGGCGAUGAAUGAGGCAUGCAAUUACAUUGAGAAGCAGCUGUCUAUAAACGCGGAGGCACUUGGGAAGAACGUAUUGUAUUCCGUUGUCAAGACGAGCAUGGCGAGCAAGGUGAUUGGCCCUGAUUCCGACUAUUUUGCAGAGUUGGUGGUAAAGGCCGUACAAAGGGUGAAGCAAAUAGGAAAAAAGGGGACAUUCAAAUAUCCAAUAUCUCACAUUAAUAUUCUUCGCGCUACGGGCCAUAGUGCGAGGGAGAGUAUGUAUGUUGAGGGGUAUGCACUCAAUUGCGUGAUUGCGGCGCAGGGAAUGCCGAAGCGCAUAACCAAUGCAAAAAUCGCACUUUGCGAUUUCAACUUGAGCAAGGCGAAGCUGCCUCUGGGCGUAUCCAUUAGCAUUCAGGAUCCUCAGGAACUGGUUUCGAUUCACGAGAGAGAACACACUCUAUUGAAGGAGCGAGUAGAUAUGAUUAUCAAGGCCGGGGCCAAUGUGAUUCUUACGACCAAAGGAAUUGAUGACUUUGCAUGUAAAUACAUGAUUGACGCAGGAGUUAUGGGUGUUCGUCGCUGCAAGAAGUCUGACCUCAAGAGGAUAGCAAGGGCGACUGGGGGAAAGCUUAUUUUGUCGAUGGCGAAUCUAGAGGGGGAGGAGUCAUUCGACCCGGCCAAUUUGGGAGAGGCCGGAUCUGUGUCCCAAGAAUCUAUAUCUGAUCAAGAGCUUAUCAUCAUUCGAGGUACCAAGGAGUCUCAAGGUGCGAGCAUCAUUCUCCGCGGCGCCAAUUCCUUUAUGUUAGAUGAAAUGAACCGCACCAUACACGAUUGUUUAUGUGCAGUCAAAAACGUGCUCGAGAUGAAUUCGGUCGUCCCUGGAGGCGGCGCCGUUGAAGUUGCUCUCGCCAUGUAUCUUGAAAGCUUUGCGCGCACACUGGGUUCUCGUGAACAGUUGGCCGUCGCCGAAUUUUCCCAGGCGUUGUUGGUCAUCCCCAAAACCCUUGCUGUCAACGCCUCUAAAGAUGCCAUCGACCUGACAGCCAAAUUGUGUACUUUGCAUAAGGCCGCUCAGGACAAAGAAGACAAGAAGCGUUUCUCCAGAUACGGCCUCGAUUUGACCGAAGGCAAGCCCGCCGACAUCAUCGACCAAGGGGUUCUUGAAUCAAGCCAAGGCAAAAUCAAAUACAUUCGGUUUGCGACCGAGGCCGCAAUGAGCAUCCUACGCAUCGACGAUGUGAUCAGGUUAGAACCAAAAGCCGCUCCAAAGAGAUACGAUGAAGACGAAUGAUCGGAGUGACUUUUUAUAAUAAUGACGCGCUCUAAAAUUUUUGACAUAUGUCCCCUCUGCUUUAUUCUGUUCUUCUGAAGUUGUGCGAAUGUGCACACAUUUGAAGUUCACCCCGUUUUCCGAAGGGCCUUCAGAGCAUCUGAUGGUUUUUUUCACCUGUGGUUGGUUUGACAUCUCCGGCUGACUCGUCGCGAUCCGCGCGUCGUUCGUCGAAGGGCGCCUUCGAGCGGAUGAGGUCUAGGCCUUUUCCGUGCCGGCAGAACUAGCGGGGCGGGUUACUCGGUAACUUAUCGGUUUUAAAAAUUCGAGCGAUUUACGCUAUCAUUUUUUUUACAUGUUU